AUCUUUUCCAGUCUUUUAGAAACACUCACGACCAAGUCUCGCGUGACCAACUGAAUCUCGCGGCUCACACGGACUAUUGUCUGUUGAGCUGCCACUGAUUGAUAUAUGUGCAUGGACACAACAUACAUCUCCACCUGAAAAGACAGCGGAAAUUGUGGGAAACUGGCCGCAGAAAGGCUUUACAAUUUGGUCAAAGGCACAUCUAAUCCCGGUGGGGACAUCAGUUCAAAAAGAAAAUGCGGUGGAGCGUUCGACAAUUACAGCACCUGCUGUAAACGUUCACACAGGUAGCAGUGGCAGUAACUUCAUUUCAACCAUGUUCCAGCGGUCACGGAAACCUCAUUACAGGCCGGUCAUGUUUGAUAGAAGCUCUGCAACUGUUUACUUUGUACAGCUCUCAUAGAGCUCAUGUACAUUGAGAAAGAACUAGUCUUUCGUUUUUUUGAUGUACGAUUGUUCCCUUGGAUUAUCGGUCCCCCUGCCCUUGGAAACGGAGCAACAUUUGGCACGAAUGCGCAAAAGGCUUGUAGCGGUUGAGGGGAAGGCAGUGAAGACUCCGUUGCUCGAGCUACAGGUUCGCCCCUAGCCGGGCCUGGACAGCGACUUCAUCACCAGCUGUCCCUCACACACACACGGGCCUAGAGAGGACCUGAGGUGUCCAGUAUGUCGCACGGAUUCUUACCUGCCAUCCAGAUGAACGGACAGAAAAGUCUGCCAUCGUCACCGCCACACAAACGUCAAAACCUUAACCCAGAAUCUAUAUCGUCGCCUGGAGCGCCGUCGGGUUCACCAGUGGCUACAGACUCUCAUUCACGACCGACCGCCAGGCUGCCAGGGAUAACCAGGAAAGAUUCCGACUUUAUCAACGGUGGGAAGAGCUCGGAGGUGGAAACACAGGAAGAUUCAGACAACACAAAACCGACUGCCAAGCAAGUCAGGAAGAAGAGUCGAAGUCCUCGUCGGAGAAAGAAGAUAAACAGCUGGCACAGUUGGCCGGAUGUGGAUUCACCAAAUAGAAUGUUCCCGGAAAUCAUGAACAUGGACUCAAAAGAAGGUAGGGGUGUGUCUGAAGUCCCUUGCGAUUUUAAGCAUGGCAAGCAGACAAAACUACCCCAGCUUACGGUAAACACCGCACAAGUGAAUCACAUGGACAGUAUAAAGUCACCCCCUGUAAACAAGAAAGCGAAAAAAGAUAGGAAUAACAGUGACAAUAAUGCUAACAGGUUGUAUGCACCGCAUUCAGAAAGCACAAACCACGGAGUGAUCCUGCCGCCACUGGGGCAUGGUACAAACUGGAAAACGUUCCAAAGGAACGGAGAGGACACUACAACUAGAUGUAAGAGUGUCGACUCGGAGGUCGCGUCGGCGAGUGAGGAGACGGACUCCAGAAUGAGCUCCCCGGAGCUGGACAUGAAGUGCACCUCCUGGCUGGAAGGUCUCCGCAGAGCACAGUCAGACGACCUGUUACUGAUGAAGCAGUCCGCUCAGAUGAAGUAAUUGUUUUAAGAAAUUCUAGAAGGGGAGUCUGGAACUCUCAGUCAAGGCUAUGUAUGAACGCAACAGCGGAACUUUAUCAGUAUUUCUGCAAUAUAGAUUUGAUCCUCCAAGGAAGAUUUUGCCUCUUUAUACUGGCCAGUCACUGUUGUCUGUCAUGUACUGUACCCGGAUCUAUUCGGCUGCAAUUUUUGUUCGAAGACGUAGGGUUACUGUAUUAAACAGUGACGUUGCAUAUACAUUAUCAUUGUCUUUCCUUUCGUCAUUUUAGAUAUCAUUGAGCGUAUAGGCUCACUGGAAAUAUUUCAGUGCAGCGUCGCGUUGGUCGAUCCCACGUGUGAAGAAACGUGACUAUCACCUAAUUAUCUUACCAGAUAAUGAUGUAUAAGAUUGAUUGGCAGUGAUGAAUACAGUUCAGAUGAUAUCAAUACAGAUACAUAUAACUGUCGUGGUAUCCAGGCGACAGGUGGUGUAUGUGGGCAGUUAAAAGGAUCACUCACGUAAAUGUUCGAUCUAUUUUCCACCUGAGCGUUUCUGUCAGAAGACACAGUGAAACAUGUUUGUACGACACUUCUGACAAGAUAAAACUGUACAUUAGAACUGGCUGCUCAAGCCUAGAUCACUGGACUGGAACACAGAGACUCUCAUUUUACAUUAUAUAUAAUGGCGUGUUGAAACUAUUUGUGCAGUGCAAUAAUGUUUCUUCACUCUAAGACGUUUUCUGAUAUCAUUACUAUUCAUUAUGUAUUUGAAUUAUGUAUUCCGUAAUACAAUCCAUCUUGAGAAGGAA